AUGGAGAGAACGACCGUCGACGACAAAACCAGCGUGGCCCUUGUGGAGAGCCUCAGCGAGGAAGCUGGCAAAGCGCCAGGUCAGGAGCCACGGAUUAUUGGAACCCUCAAGCUUGUCGAAGGCGAUGACAUUAUUUUGGUUCCUGCGCCCACGCGCGAUCCCCAAGAUCCACUGAAUCUGCCCAACUGGCGCAAGUGGCUGAUGCUUAUUAUUGUUGCUCUCUAUGGCAUGACGGGCAACUUGCUGGCCAGUGGGAUCGGAGUUCUCGUGCCCCAGCUGCGAGAGUAUUACCACGGUGACUCCCGCGUCAAUGAUCUUGUCACAUACCCUGCUCUGUUCAUGGGCAUCGGCAACCUGAUUGCCGUCCCAUUCGCCGAUGCCGUAGGUCGGCGCCCAGUCUACUUGUUGUCCAACGUUGUUCUUAUCGCCGGCGGCAUCUGGUGCAGUUACUCCACCAGCCUCGGGUCGCAUAUUGGUGGGCGCGACUUCAUGGCUCUUGCAGCGGGACAGAGCGAGGCUUUGUGUGUCAUGAUUGCAGAAGAAACCUUCUUUCUGCACCAGCGCGGCAGCCGUAUCGCGUGGUUCUGCUCUUUACAGACUCUGGGAACUGCCCUGUUCAUCAUCGCAAGCUCCUACCUGACUGAGUCCCUGGGCUGGCGGUGGUGGUAUGGCAUAUUCACCAUCAUCAGUGCUGCCACCUUCGUCCUGAGUAUUCUCUUUGUGGCGGAAACAAAGUAUGAUCGUCCUCUAGACAGUUACUUUGGAUUUGAUCCCCAGGGCAACACCGUCAGGGAAAGCGAGUUCCAUACCCGACGUCUCGACUACGACACGUAUCCUGAACGCUCCUUCUGGCGCGACCUGCGGCCCUGGGGCCAUGUCACGACCAAGUGGCACCAAGUCCCCAAAUUCUGGCUCUCCCUGGCGCAAUUGUCCCUCUUUCCCAGCGUCCUCUACUUUAUCAUUCUGAGUGGAGUGCUGCUGGGCACGUAUAUCGUCAUGACUGCCGUCUUUGCCCAAGUUCUCAUUUCGCCCCCGUACAGCUUCGACCCGCAUAAUCUCGGGUUCGUCAUGGGCGGGCAGGCAGUCGUCGCCUUUGUGGUGCAGCCCCUGGCCGGAUAUCUGAGCGACUUCAUUCUCAAGGUCUGGGCGAAGCACAACGAUGGCUUCACAGAGCCCGAAAGCCGCCUCAUCCCUGCGGUCAUCCCUCUUGCAGUCGGAAUCGCCUCCUGUGUGCUUUAUGGCCAGGCCUGUCAGUUCCCCGAGGACUGGGCAUGGCCCGGCGUCGUCGUCCCGCUCAAUGCCCUUUUCUACAGCUUCGUGAGUAUCGUCGUGCUCAGCUUUGUCUACACGAUGGACUGCUACCCGCAACGUGGACACGUUGCCAUGGUCGCUCUCUGCGCUGGUCGCGGCUUCAUCAGCUUCGGAAUCUCAUUUGGCACGACAGCCUUCUUCCACAAACUCGGCUACGAUGGCGCUUUGAACGUGUGUGCCAUUGUCAUUGGGGUUCUCUUCGGGCUCGGCAUCGUGCUGUACUUUACGGGCAAGUAUAUCCGCCGCUUCACGCAGAAGUGGGCCACAGACAAAAACUGAAUGGAACCUUUGUAGUUCCACACUGUUUGCAAAUGAUGGACAUUGAUGGAAGAUUGUCUGGCAGUCGCUGGUUCUGGAGG